AGUAGAACGCGGCCGUGACGACGGGAAGGGCGACAAUAUGAAUGCACUCACAAAAGUGAAGCUCAUCAAUGAGUUAAAUGAUAGAGAGGCACAGCUGGGCAUUCAAGACAAAGUAUCCUGGCACUCAGAGUACAAGGACAGUGCGUGGGUCUUCCUGGGUGGCUUGCCUUAUGAAUUAACAGAAGGGGAUAUUAUCUGUGUGUUUUCACAGUAUGGGGAGGUUGUUAACAUCAAUCUUGUGCGAGACAAGAAGACCGGGAAAUCAAAAGGCUUCUGCUUUCUCUGCUAUGAAGAUCAGAGGAGCACCAUUUUAGCUGUGGACAACUUUAAUGGAAUCAAGAUUAAGGGAAGGACAAUCCGUGUUGACCAUGUAGCCAAUUAUCGCCCUCCAAAAGAUGGAGAUGAUAUCGAUGAUGUGACAAGAACACUGAGAGAGGAAGGCUGUGGACCAAAAGCACCUCCGCCAGCCUCAGUGUCCUCUGAGUCCUCUGACGAGAUUGCUAGUGAGGUGCCAACUAAAAAACGGAAAAAAGAAAAGAAAAAGAAGAAGAAGAAAGAAAAAAAGGAGAAAAAACUGAAGUUGGAAAAGGAGGAACAAAGCUCCAAGCAAUUCGCCAAGUCCUCUCUCCGAAGUCAUUCGCCUACACCAGCAGUAAGAAUUAAGAGAGAAAGGGAGGAUGAGGGAUAUGAGAAGUAUGCCAACACAAACCGAGACUGUCAUGGAGACCGCAGUGUUGACCAAAGAGGAACAACAAAUAAAAGAAAGCACUCAGAUGGAGUAGAUGAAAUGAGAAAUAGAGAGAAAUGGGAUGAGAGAAAUCAGUCUAGGAACUUGGAGAGGGACGAGCGGCGAAGAAAUGAUCAAAAUAGCCGAGGAUCGUGCAGUGAAAAGUCAAGUAGAGACUCAAGAUGCAACCACAGUGAUGGGAGAGAGACAAGACAUGAAGACGAAAGGCAGAGUUAUCAACGAGAGAAAAUGCCGAGAAAAGAGAGGUCUGAAAACAGGCAUGAUGAUCGAGACAAGUACAGGAAGAAUGAUCACAACAGGAGAGAGGAGAGGGAUUCCGAUUGUGAGAGUGCCAAGAGUAAAGAGAGGAGAAGUAAGCACGCCAAUGGCAGUCGUUAUAAAGAAAAAGAUGACCACAGGGACUGAUCAUAAAAGAAGCAAAUGAGAAGCUUACUACGGAUGAGGUGUUCUUCUACACUGAAGAAAGGCCACACUCCGAACAUUUUCUCAUCUUUGGAUCCAGAUGCACUGACUUAACUAACCUGAGUCUUUCCAAUGCUUUCUGCUUUUAUUGUGGGUGUCCAGUAUUUGCAGCUGUCUGCUUCCUGAUUCAUAAGUAUGCAUUUGACUUCGUUUUCAGACUUCUUUCAGGUGUGAAGUCUGAUGUUGUCUAGGAACAAUUUUGCAAAGCCCAGUUUUGCUUAUGUUACAAAAAGUUAGACUGUUUCAUUGCACAUUUAAGAACAGUUUUAACUAAUGUAUGAUGAACGUCAUGUAACAGCAACAGUACAAUUUUUGUGAAUAUUAAUAAAAGUGGAUUAUGAUAGUUAUUAUCUUUUAACAAAGAUCCUUUGAUAUGUUUUCAAUUACUGUGAAUAUUAUUAAAUUUGUAUAGAAAAUAAAAUGAUGUGUAUAUUUUUUUAUCAUAAUUGCAGGUUGAAUAUGAAAUAGUUGCUUUUCCACAUGUAUUGCUAAUGAUAAAGAGACUAAAUUAGGCUGAAGAGUAAUAUAAAUUGGAGCUUCUAAUGAAAAGCCAAAUUAUUUGAAUAUAUGUUAAGCAGUUUUUCUGUCAAUAUGUGCCCAAUUACUCAGCUUUUGUCAUAUUUUUAAAAAGUCCCUUAAUACUCAAAUUGGAAUGCUGUUCAUGAAUUCUGAUCCAUUGGUUGUAAAAGGAUUCUCUGGUACAAUUUUUCUUUCAUUUAUUUGGACCAUUAUAUGCCAUCUAUAGAGCUGUUUCCCUUUCUUGCAUAAGGGUUACCUUUUGUGACCUGGAAGGAAUUAAAAUUAUCCACUGUACUAUUGCCACUUUUCCACUGAGAUGGCAGUUUUCUUAAAUUGCUGUAGCUGAUGUUUAUAUUUGCAUUUAGUUAAGAUUAACUAUCAGGGAUCAAGAACUGAAUUGGUGUGGGGAGGGGGGCUUGAGGUAGUGCAAGCUGUUGUGGUGAGUGACUGUAAGAUUUAAAGCGAGCAGGGCCAGUUGGGACAUUUGGCAGCACUUGAGAUUGUUGGGAAGUUGGGAACUUGGCAAGGGCCAAUAAAAAGAAGUUAGGUGUAAGCAGAGUGGCCAGUUCAAGAGUGGCCAUUAUGAGGGUUUGACAGGGUUAGAGUGAGGGAGCUUGAAGCUUUGGCGAGGAGAGGCAGAGGCUGAGGUGUGUCUCUGGCAAGUCUCUUUUUUUCUUAUUCCACAAUUGGAGCAGUGAGAAUAUGAGGCAAGACAGUAGAAUUCUCCUUUUGGAGGAUGUGGGAUGACGGGGAGACCUCCAGUAUCCCUAUCAUGAGAACGUCUGCAGAUGCUGGAAAUCCGAAGCGACGCACACAAGAUGCUUGAGGAACUCAGCAGGCCAGGCAGCACCUAUGGAAAAGAGUAAACAGGCAAUGUUUUGGGCUGAGACCCUUCUUUUUCCAGUAUUCUAGUAUUCUUGUUGACUACACCUAUGAGAAGAGUAUCCAGCUGCAGCUUCUCAUAGACCGUGUUAGAGGUCUGGAGCUGGAUGAGCUCCAGAUCAUUAGGGAGUGAGGGGUUGAUUGACAAGAUACAGGGAGGUAGUUAUACUUAAGAUGCAGGACACGGGUAACUGGGUGAGGAAAAGGGGAUAAACAGGCAGUGGAGGGUACCACUGUGGGUGCCCCCCUCAAUAACAAGUAUUAUUUGAAUAGUGUUGU